GCUAGCCUUUACGUCCGAUCCAACGACUAACGUGUGUGUGCAGCUGAAGCAAUUUCACCCGGUUACCGGGAGACUGCCGGGACUUUUCGACCCGCUUUAAGACACCUUUCAGACACUUAAUCACCCGUUGACUUACACCGGUGUCAGCUCACACACCGGUACUGACGUGUUCCGGUGCAGGCGGGUAGCUGCUGGUAGUUAGCUUGUUGGCUAGCUCCUCAUCUAAAUCAGAAUGGACCUGUUCGACGACCUGCCAGAGCCCACACAGACCGGCGGUCCAGCAGUGGUGGUCACAGCUCGAUCAGAGUCCGCCAAAGAAGAUGAAGAGGAGCAGAAAAGCGUAAAGCGAAAACGAGAAGAUGAAGAGUCUCAUGCUGAUAAAAAAGAGGAGCAGGAGCGGGGGGAGAUCAAGAAAGUUUGUAAAGAAGGCCUCCCUGUAUUGAAAGGCUACGUGGCGGCGAGGCGUGGUGAGCGGGAGGAGAUGCAGGACGCUCACGUUCUGCUGCCAGACAUGAGCAGCUGUCUGUCGGCUCUGCCAGGACAAGUGUCUCGCGUCUCGUACUUUGCGGUGUUCGAUGGUCACGGUGGAGCUCGAGCUUCUCGAUUCGCUGCAGAGCAUCUCCAUCACAAUCUGGCCAAGAAGUUUCCCAGCGGAGAUACGGAGAAUGUGGACAAGCUGAUUAAGAAAUGUCUCAUGGACACUUUCAGACAGACAGAUGAAGACUUUCUGAAGAAAGCUUCCAGCCAGAAACCAGCGUGGAAGGACGGCUCCACAGCCACCUGUGUGCUGGUGGUGGACGACAUGGUAUACGUGGCCAAUCUGGGAGACAGCAGGGCGGUGUUGUGUCGGAUGGAGGCGGCAACAGCAGCAGCAGAUGGACAAAGGAGGUCGGUGACUCUGGCUCUCAGUAAAGAACACAACCCAACCAUGUACGAGGAGAGGAUGAGGAUCCAGAGAGCAGGAGGCACCGUCAGGGACGGCAGGGUGCUGGGUGUCCUCGAGGUGUCUCGUUCUAUUGGAGACGGUCAGUACAAACGCUGUGGAGUCAUUUCAUCCCCCGACCUGAGGAGGUGUCAGCUCACAGCCAAUGACAGGUUCAUCAUUCUGGCCUGUGACGGUUUGUUCAAAGUGUUUUCUGCUGAUGAAGCUGUUAAAUUCGUCCUCAACGUCCUGCAGGAGGGGACUGUAGAGCAGAGGCCAGGGCUGACGGAGGAGGAGGUGCGGUUUGAAGCUGCCUGCCAACAGCUGGCCAGUGAGGCAGUGAGACGAGGCUGUGCUGACAACGUCACUGUAAUCCUGGUUUCUGUUAGCUUCUGAACACACACAUCAUCAUCAUCCUCAUCAUCAUCCUCCUCAUCGCCUCACACACAGCAACAGUUUGACUCCCAAAUAUAUCAGUUUCCUCUUUUCUUGUUUGUUUUCCAAUAAAACCCUUUUCUUUAC